UCAGCUGUCUAAUUCAGCCAGCUCUGGCAGUCAGUGGAAGCAUCCUUCCCGUUCUGUCUCUCCAAAAACCAUGACCCAGAAAGGAUCAGGGGUGAGCAGACAGCAAGAGGAAUUCAAGGCUGUUAUUGUAGGAGAUAGAGGUUGUGGGAAAACCUCGCUCCUCAUGGUUUACACUAAAGGAGUCUUUCCAGAGAGUCAUGAACCAUCUGUGUUUGAGAAGAGUGUCGCCGAUGUGAGGUAUCGAGGGCGACAGUUUCACCUGAAUCUCUAUGACACUGCAGGUCAAGAGGAUUAUGAUCGGUUGCGGCCUCUCUCCUACCAGAAUGUAAAUGUGGUGUUGAUCUGUUACGACGUCAUGUGCCCUUCAAGCUUCGACAACGUAUUCACAAAGUGGUACCCUGAGGUGCAGCAUUUCUGUCCUGGGGUGCCCAUCCUCCUUGUAGGGUGCAAGUCUGACCUACGGAGAGACAAGGUCCUGACCAAGAAUCUCUGGGCCUCUGGCCUGGCCCCCAUCACAUACAUCCAGGGAGAGGAUGCUAGAAGGAAAAUCAAUGCUGAACUGUAUUUGGAGUGCUCUGCCAAGUGCAGGGAAAACGUGGAGGACAUAUUCAGAGAAGCUACCAAACAAGCCCUGUUGACAACAAGACCAUCAGAGAACGUCAGGGACAGGAUGUGUCUCUGUGCCCUCAUGUAACGCCUGCCCAUGUGCCACACUGAGCACUGACUGACA